AUGGUCUAUACUCUCUACAUGUACGCGAAAGCCUUUAUCUUCCCGAUAUUUAAUCUGUCGUCCGAAAUCUACUACACAUUCUACAGUGCUCUCGGAGAUAUUUAUGCUGGUAUCGGUGCUUAUCUCCUCUGGAUCUUCAGCGAUGCUCUUCGUCAUUAUGUCUGUACAAAGCUGAGAAUAAGGAAGCCAAAGGCUCAACUUCGUUCUUCAGUCAUCUUCAUUAACGUACGUACUGAGUGA